AAUCCAGUCCAGCACAGUCCGUGUCUGUGUUUGCGCAUGUCUGUUUGUGUCCUCCUAUAAAACCAUCUGACAGACAGAGGGGAGCAGAAAAAGGGAGGAACCGCUCAAAUACAAUGAUCUCUGAAGCUGGGAGCGACAGUCUGAAGGCCGAACACUUCCAACCAGAACCGAGCUUCUUCCCGGACUCCCCCGCCUCCUCCUCCUCCUCCUCCGCCGCCUCCUCCCCAGACUCCGGGCCUCGGAACCGCAGGGAGCCGCAGAGCAGCAGCGGCAGCAUCGUCCCGGAGGAGAGCGGCAGCAUCCAGCCGCUGGUGGCCGCCGCCCGCGUCAUGACGUCGGGAGAAUUUAACCAGAGCGGCCCGCUGCUCGCGCACAGAUCCACGCGCAGCCUCAUGUACAAGACUCUGUGCUUCCUGCUGCUCGUCUUCCAGGGCGGGGUCCUGGACUUCUACCUCAUCAUCUUCACGGACCUGUACUGGUGCUCCUGGAUCGCCACGGACCUAGUGGUGGUCUCGGGCUGGGGUAUCUUCUUCAUGAAGAACGCGCGCAGUAAACGGGAGCGCGCCUGCGGCUUCCACCAGAAGAGCUCCAUCUUCGGUUGCAACCUGGGUGAGUUCACCUAUGCCUACCUGGCCUGGCUCAUCUACGUAAUCGCGUGCACCCCGAAGGUGGUGCUGGUCCUGGAGACGUCAAUCCUGGAGCUGAUCGCGCUGAAGGUGCCGUGCGGGCUGACCGGCUUCAAGGUGAUCAUGCUGCUGUCCGCGCCGCUCCUCUUCUGCCUCAUCAACUCCAUCAUCGAGGACCUGAAUGGAGCCACGCGCCACCACGCCCACAGCUGCUUCCUAAGCACGUGCCUGGACCUGCUGGACUGCUUCACGCUGCUGGAGCUGAUGCUUCGCGGGGAGAUCCCCACGGUGUACCUGAAGUACACGGUGCUGUCGGUGUACUUCGUGGCGCUGGCGGUGCCGGUGGUCUGGCUCUACGAGCUCACCGCCUCCGAGCUGCGCUGCCGCUGGCUGUGCGCGCGCUUCCUCACCUGUCUUCUGGUUAACGCCCCCUUGCUGGUGGUGCGCUGCUUCCAGGUGUAUGUGUACAAGCUUCCGGUGUCCGUUUUCAUGUUUAAGAACAUCUUCCUCCUCGCCUGCGGGCUGCUCGAGCUCGUGGAGCAGUGCGUGGCAGUGCGGGGUGGGCGCAAGCACGCGGGUAGCAGCAACACGGCGCAGUUCUCACACUGCGUGUCCGAGAACGACAUGUGUCCGCACGGGUAUGUCAACACGCUGGCCGUCACCCAGUCCUAGAUCCUGGACCGGGUUUAUGACGAGGGAGUGGACCAGUGUGCAGCCUUCAGACUAAACUGGGAACUAUUAAAUCCUGCAGAAAGUUCUGGAUCCCAAUCCGAACCUCUGACUUUGGAUGAAACUCAACAAACCUUCAUGUCAAAUUCUCUUCUCCAGCACUGAAAUCUCCUCCUAACAGGUUCACACUCCAGGGUCCAGCUGACAAAACACAUCAUCUCAGUCAGAUGUUUGGCCUGCAUGAACGAGCACAGAACAUGAACACGGGGAGAGUACCAAAGGACAUUAAAGGAGCCCAUGGUGUCACCAGGAUGUUCCUCCUCCUUUCACGUGAACACUCUUCUGUUGGACUCUCCUCGUCUCCAUGGCAACGACGAUCUGUUGUGUUCAGACAGGAUGUGCUGUUACUGUGCUGUUGAAUCUGUGCUGAUAUAAUCAUGAUAGAUGUGCUGUAGAUGUAACACGGAGCAUUCUGUGCGUUAACUCAAAUAAAUCUGAACAAAUCAAACUGAAACAAGAGAUGCUUAUUUGAGCUCAGAAUAUGUGCAAAGGCCUUUAUUCACAAAGCUUUUAUUGUGAAAGGACAUUUCAUUUUUACACAAACUUCCUGAUCACAAUCGCAUAAAUACUUUAACUCCAUUUUUACCAUCGCUGAACAUCAGAGAAACAGAUGCUCCAGACACUUUGGAGUCACAACCGAAGACUCAACAUGAAACUUUUCAGGUUCAACGUUACAUAACAUCUUUACACUGAGUUAAAUUUAAUGUUUCAAACUGCAAAAAUCCAAGUGCAAAAAGUACAAAAAUCACAAAAAAAUGAAAAACAACCAAUAACUGAUUUAAUGAGUCAUUAAGUUUCACUGUACCAGCCUUCCGGGCUCAGACUUGUGUGGAUAAAUAUGUAAGAGAAGUAUUUAAAACUGAAUCCAUCGACCAGGGAGAAGAUCCAUCAGGGGUGGGCAACUGGCGGCCCGGGGUCCACAUGCGGCCCCCAUCAACCCUCAACGUGGUCCUCAGGUCAAUUUUUACAUAUCAAUGAAUUGGAAACAUGAAGAAAACAUGACAAAUUCUGCCAUGACAUCAUGAAAACCAGAAAUAUGUCCAUAAUAAUAUUUGAUCACUGGUAUAUGUUGAGUUAAAUUUGAGACAUAAUUGACUGUAAUCGUUUUUGUAUCCUAUAAUUUGGCCCUCUGGCAGUUAGAACUAAAUGAACUUGGUCCUUGCUGUGACCAAAGUUGCCCAGCCCUGAUCUAGAAGGUCGAGCCUUUGGGUCGAUGAUGAAAACAAUCUUUAGGUUUAGGAACUGAGUCAACAACCAAACUUGAAAAAUAAAGGGUUAAAGAUAUCAUGAGAGUUAUACAAAUCUUCAACCCACAGGAAGUUGCUGCUUUGACUUGUUGAUAUUUCGGAUUUACAACUUCCAGUCAGUUAUAAAAAAAAAAAA